AUCGAAAUGUCGAGUUUUACGGACAAUUUUCAAGGUGACUCUGUCGAAUCGGAAAUUAUAGAUGUUAUGAGAAAAUCACAUUAUUCACUCGAUACUGUCAAUAAUUAUGGCGACGACUUGUUACACGUUACUGCUGCAAACGGUUGUUACUUUGUCAUCAAAGAAAUUUUAAAGAAACACGACGAUUGCGACAUUGACAAACGAAAUGAUAACGGAUGGAGCCCCCUCAUGCUAGCCAUUCGCAACGGCAAUGUCGAGAGUGUUAAACUCCUAUUGGAUAAUGGAUGCAACCCGGAACAGUCAACAUAUCAAGGCGUUUCCGCCAUCGCUCUCUCCGUUGCCAUCAGCCGAGAAAUGUUUGAAAUCGUUUACGAAGCUUGUCCAUCAGCACUCGAAAAAGCAAAAACGGAUAAAAUCAACCCGCUCUGCGUCGCAGCGAUGAAAAAUGACAAAGAAUUAUUUUUCAGGCUCAUAGAACUCGGCCUCACAGUCUCACAAACUGGUGAUUACACGCUGUUAAUGAUCGCUCAUUCGAACGUCCCGGAAAUCGCGAAUUUCGGUGAAUCAUUUAACAAUGAUAGUUUAGAUUAUUGGAACGAGCACAUAACGGUGGAGGAUUUGGAAAGUUUUACUGACGAGCAUUUUGACGUUCCACAAAUGUCGUCGACGUUGCAGAACGGUGAAAAUUCGUUGGAGUACCAGGACGAAGAGCCAAUUGAAAACCGUGAUGUACCGGAAAUCAAUGUUGAUCCACCGCAAGAUACGAACUCGAAUUCACCGAAAAUAAAUUCCGAUAAAGGGAAAUUAUCUGCGGACAAUAAUAAUAAUAAAUCGAAAGGCCUCAUUUCACCGAGAUUGCAAUACACCCGAGAACGCACUUUAGCCAUGUCACCCAAUCUGUGCCUCGCCAGAAGAAGAAGUGGCAAUGAUAGCGGUUUUGGAAUGGAAUUCAGAAUCCAACGGGAUCAAAUGGAUCGUAAUCACAAUCGCGAGACUCACAAAACGGACGACAGAAACGCUAGAGAUGGAAAUAAACUUCAUAAGUUCCAAAUGAAUCGACCACCAAAUUUGCAAAUUGCUAAAACCGAAAACGACCAAACGUCUAACAAAACUCCUGUCGAACCUCGGUGCAGUACACCACCGCGAGAAAUGGCUUUGAACGAUCAUCAGACAAAAAUGGCUCGUCUUUUGAAAUGCUUUGGUCUCACUCAAUUUAUUCCUAUUUUUCUCGAACAAGAGGUAGAUUUGGGCCUGUUUCUCUCGUUAACCGAUCAAGAUUUGAAAGAAAUCGGAAUCGAAAAAAGAUCUCACCUCUUUUGGGAUCGAAUUUCGAAGUAAUUUUUGGCUCAAAGUCCUGGCGAUUGGCUGAGCCUGGAGAUGUAAAUUGAAAUUUUCGAAUUAACUAAACUUUCAAGAAAAUAGAGGAAAUUCCUUGAUUCGGUAGUACGUGAGUACCUUCUCGUAUUUUUCUUUACUGCUUUGGGCCAUUCCCUCAAAAUGCUUUGAUUUUAUAUCACAGUGAACAAUUGUUGGCUUUUUAACUAUUACAGUCGAUUUCAUUUUCAUUGACGUUGGAGUACCUGGAGAGACCAAAAUUUUUGGAUAGUCAAAGGGACGUGAAAAAUGGUCCAAAUCGAAAUAUUCCCUUUCCAUCACCUCCGGAUCGAAAUCCGUGAAUGUCGAGGCUUGAAAAUUUGGCGAAUGUUUUUGAGGGUCCAGAUCCCUCGGGUCGUUGACAUUUGGACAGUGAUUUUGGAUUUCUGAAGUAAGGUCAACGGUUCGGUGUUGCUGUGAAGCGGUUUUCGGUGCUCUCGGAAAACUCGACUGUUCCGGAGUUUCAUUGACUCCCGAAUUUUUAACGAAUCCACUGAGACUCGGAGUGGGUGACAUCCGAGAGCUCAUUUGACUGCACGCUUCGUACUGUCCUUGUGAAAAGGAUAAGCGAGCAGUGUUGUCAAAAGUCCGACGUAAACUCGUGUUUUUUGGAGUUGUCGGUACUCCACCGGUAUCUUCCUCUUGGCUUUCGUUCGGAGUCAAAUUAGCUAACAAAUUUCCAAAGUUGUGAUCGUCGCUCGUGAGCUUAAACGUUUUGCCACACAUCGAAGGCAUUGUCUCGCCCAAAUCUUGCACGAAACGUCGUACAACUGGUUCAGGAUUUCCCAAAAAUUGUCUUUCGAUUAUUUCCGAUCGAACACAAACGUCAGGAUACAAAAAGCUGUCGACCGUUGGCACGGGGAAACGGAUCUCGUAAUAUAUUAUCCCGGCGUCGGUUUUCGGUAAGCGGUAACCGUACUGGAAUGAAAAAAAAAUCAAGCCAAUUGUUCAUUCGUUCGAUCGAUAUUUGAAUGUAAAAAAUCGAUAACGAUUUUAGUUUUCUCUACUUUCACCAACUUUCUACCGUCACAAUAUCGAAAGAAACAAUUUUAUGCGAAAAUUUUAUUUAAAAAUCACAACGUUCUGCCACAGUAUCAGAGUUUGUUGCUUAAAUUAAAAAAAAAAAAAAAAAAAUCUUUUUUACCAUAUUUUUC